AUGAACAGCCUCCCCCGGUCCCAAAAGGUGUACCAAUACUGGGGCAUCUGUCAUGCGUUCUGGAAGCGCCAGCCUGUCCGGCUCAAGGUACUAUGCCAAGACUUGUAUAUUGUCCAAGGAGCCAAAGACGUACUUGGACUGUUCAGGCAACGAUCCCAAUCUACUCUGUUCGUUCAACGCCUUGUCCUCGAGAAUGCAUUUCUCCUUCCAAAGGCCGCAACAAGACUGUACCUCCAGGAUAAUUCAGGACCCGACGCUAAACCAUUCGCCGGGUCCAUGGUACGGCACCACAACCGUGUCGAGUUCCAUGCUCGAAUCUCUCAGCAACGGCUCCUCUUAGGGUCUGGACAAUCAUCCCUGUUCCGUCGGCUCUUUUCAAAUAUCACUAUGCGCCUAAGCUCUUUAGAGAUAGGCCAGGAGUGGGAAAAUGUCUCGGAUCUUCUUGACGUCUUCAAAUCCAACCUGACAGCUGCGACUGUGGACUCUCUGGCUGGACCUGCCCUCUUGCAAAGACACCCGAGUCUCGUGAAAGAUAUAUGGACUAUUGAUAAAAACAUCAUAGGGCUGCUCCUCAAGAUGCCUCGCUUUAUGAAUCCGAAAGCACACCAAGCCCGAGAUCGGGCACUCGAGGCCGUGCAAGAUUGGCAGGCCUGGGCAAGGCAGAACUUCACGCCCGAUGCUGUUGAUGAAGAAGUAAAUGACCCGUUCUGGGGCUCUAGCUUCUUCCGUGAGAGGCAAGAACUUUUCUUAGCUAUGGAUGGGUUCAGCUAUGAUGCAAUUGCGUCUGAAGAUCUUUCUUUCAUUUGGAGUGCAAAUACCAAUGCUGUUGUGGCUGCAUUCUGGCUCAGUUUGGAAGCAUUCCGGGAUGCCGAACUCCUGAAAGCUGUCAGAGAAGAAGUCAACUCAUGCAUGCAACUUGGACCAGAUGGUCAACCGCUCUUUGACGUUCCUAAAUUAAUCCGUCAACCACUCCUCCAGGCGAUGUUUGCCGAGAACUUGAGGCUCCGUGUUCAUGGGUUUCUCGUCCGUCGUCCAAGAGAGGAUAUGCAAAUUAACAAAUGGACGAUUCCGCGUCAUCACUGGUGCAUUGCCAGUUCUACCCCGGCCUCAAUGGAUCCUGAUUUCUGGUGUACAGGAAACAGUUCUGGUCAUCCAGUAGACCAAUUUUGGCCUGGACGCUUCCUCCAAAAAGAUCCAGAGUCAAAUGCCCUGGUAUUCUCGCUUGCUGGGACUGAGGGCAAUUGGGUGCCGUUCGGAGGUGGUGCGCAUGCCUGUCCCGGUAGGAUUCUCACCAAACGUGCGAACAUUCUGGCUCUGGCAGUGAUGGUGACCUUAUACGACUGCGAAGUUCUCGCGAGCGAUGAAGAGCUCGCUUUGAAUUCAGGAACCUAUCCAUUUGGAUCAAUCCCACCUCGUGGCAAUGUCCCAGCCAGGAUACGUCGAAGAGCGAUGAUUUGA